ACAAAACAAAAGAAAACGAGGUAACACAACACAACACUCCAACACAAUUGUCUCCAUCAAAACCACUUCUUCCUUCUAUUCUAUUCCAUUGUCCCUCUCUUCACCUCCCACCUUUCUGCUUCCAACCAUGGCACCAAACAGUGUCUUCAAACACUCUGUGACUGUGAUCCCAUCUCCACUCGAGUAGAGUUGCAAUCUUUUCUUCAUUCUCUUCUGCCCCUGCAAAAUGGGUAGAAAUUUCACUCAACAAGGAGACACCUUUCUACCUCCGUCAGAACAACCGCCAUUUUUUCUCCCUCAAUCUCAACCUUCACCACCCACCACCACCGUUCGAUCUGACAGCAGCAGCAGUUUCAGUUUCAACGACAAGGCCUUGAAGGUUAGUCCCAGCAUACUCCUCAUCAUCAUCAUUCUCGCCAUCGUUUUCUUCAUCUCCGGUUUGCUCCACCUCCUCGUUAGAUUCCUCUGGCGGCCACCGAGCAGAGAAACCGAUGAUUUGGACAGUGUCACCGCCCUUCAAGGCCAGUUACAGCAACUCUUCCACCUCCAUGAUGCUGGUGUUGACCAGUCUUUCAUUGACACCCUCCCUGUUUUCCCUUUCAAAGCUAUCAUUGGGUUGAAGAACCCUUUUGACUGUGCUGUUUGUUUGUGUGAAUUUGAACCAGAAGACAAGCUUAGAUUGUUGCCGAAAUGUAGCCAUGCCUUUCACAUGGAGUGUAUUGACACAUGGUUGUUGUCACAUUCUACUUGUCCUCUUUGUAGAGCGAGUUUGCUACCUGAAUUCUCUGCAAACAAUAACCGUUCCCCCAUUGUUCUUGUUCUGGAAUCUGGGAGUGAUAGCUCAAGGGAGAUUGUCCCUGAGGGUGGUGGUGCUAUUGGAAGGACUAGUUCAGUUAUGACUACACAUUCUCGCCUUGGUUGCUGCGGUGAGAGCGAAUUCGGAUCAACGCGUGUCGAUUUACCUCGCAAAUCGGGUGAAUUAGCUGUAAUUGAGAGUCCUGAUUCAAAUGUUGCAGUUGCAGGGGAUGAUGGUGUGGAGAAAGUGGUUACUGUGAAGCUGGGGAAGUACAGGAAUGUGGAUGGUGGUGAGGGAGGGGAUGGUGAAGGAAGUAGCACUAAAAAUGUAGAUGCUAGAAGGUGUUUUUCUAUGGGGUCUUUUGCUUAUGUUAUGGAUGAGAGUUCCUCAUUGCAGGUACCUAUUAAGAAAACCCCAAUCAAGCCACAGUCAAAUAAGAAGCUUGUUUUGCCUUUGACCCCAGGACACAAGCUUGCAAUGUCAGAAUGUGAUUGUGAAUCCAGGAGAGACUUCAAAUUCUCAGGCUUGCAUGCAACUAGAGUUGAUCAGAAUCUUGCUGGGGCUUCAAGUGCUUGUAGUGGAAAUGGUGCUGCUAUUGGAAAGAGCAGAAAGGAAAGUUUUUCUAUAUCAAAGAUUUGGCUCAGGGGGAAGAAGGAUAGGGCGAAUUCGGCGGCGGAUUCGUCGAGAAGGUCUGUUUCAUUCAGGUUCCCGGCACCGCGCAAUGCCGCUUCUGUCGGUGAUGCAGAUGAUUUGAAGGCUAGGAGAAACAAAUUUGACACAAGGAGUGUUAUUUCUGAGAUGGAUUUUGGGAAAUGGGAGAAUGGAGGAGGAGGAGGAGGAGGAGGAAGUGAGUUUGGCUAUGAUGAAGAAAACCAGAGCUGCUAUAGUAUGGAUUCUCAAGCUAGGGCACCUUCUUUUGCUAGAAGGACUUUGCUUUGGCUUACUGGAAGACAGAAUAAGGUUGUUCACUCAUCCCCUACUCCUUCCAACCUCUAGUGUUCUCUCUUUGUUUAUCUCCUCUCUCUUUUUGGAGCAAUUUUUUGUUACUACAUCUUAUAAUUGUGGAAUCUAGAUUUAUUAUAGUAUAAUUUUAGUGGUAGAAAGGUGCAAGAGAAGUUGAGAAAAAGUGAAAUGAAAUGUUGGAUCUGAACAAAGUAUUUCUGCAUAAAGUUUGUCAAGUUUGUUUAUGUUCAAUUCAAUAUGAGAGAUUCUUUUGUU